UCCUCCCUGACUUCCUCGACAAUACUCUCUCUCUCUCUCUCUCUCUCUCUCUCUUUCUGCGCAAUCUUUUCUUCCCCCCUACAGCUACUCUCCCCGCGCCAGAUCAAAGGUUCAUUUCACGCGUACUGAUAGUUUAAGAACUAAAGCGAAGAGUGGGUUUGAAGUAAAUACGAAAUGGGUCAGAUCCAGUACUCCGAGAAGUACUUCGAUGACACUUAUGAGUACAGGCACGUGGUUCUUCCACCAGAAGUGGCCAAACUACUUCCCAAGAAUCGACUUCUCUCUGAAACUGAAUGGCGUGCAAUUGGCGUUCAGCAAAGCCGUGGAUGGGUUCACUAUGCAAUUCACCGACCAGAACCACACAUCAUGCUCUUCAGAAGGACUCUGAAUUAUCAGCAGCAGCAGGAAAACCAAGCUCAGUAAAAACGUGUUUGCCAGAUGAAUAGCCUUUACUCUGGUUUUCACUUUUCUUAAGUUGUAUUACAUAUAUUGUCUGUUUGAUCUUUUAGAAAUGAAAUCAGAAUACGAAAUAUAGUCUGUACUUUGAGUGAAUGUUGGUGAAAAUGUCUAGUGAUACGCUAUGGAGAAUUUCAGUGACUUUGACAUCACUAGUAUGGUUUAGUAGUAUUUCAUAUGCUGUGCUGAAGUCCUUUUUACUUCACUCUUGGUUUAUUGUUAAUGGUUUUGUUGCUUUUAUCA